AGAGGAACAGCUCUAAAAUUAUUUGGCGUCUUAAAAGUAUAGCUCUAGGGUCAUGUUUAAGUUGAGAGACUGUCCGCGUGCUUGCUGAACCACGGUGUCGUAACUCUUAGAAAGCGCGCGCGCUGCUUCGCGUUGUAGUGCAAAAACAACAAAGCGCGAAGUGCAGCAGGCAGGUAGGUCCGGGAGAGAAAGACAGAUAAAAAGACCUGCUCUCCCUCACUGCGGCUUCCUCUGUGUUCACACUGACUUGUCUUAAGCGUCGAUUUUGCUCCACGUUGUGAUUCAGAAGAACUUCGAGAACGAAGAAAUCGCACCCUCAUGGAUAGUUCGAGUUCUUGUUAAGGCUGUUCAGGGAUGUGAAGAUGCAACAUUUUCUCAACUCCCCCCCUACUGAGUCGCUAAUCUCAAGACCGAUCACUUUGGACCUGCUCUCCACUCAUUUAGAAUCAGAACCAAACACCACACAUGUCUAUGUCAGCAGCUUCAGCAAUGCCAGCUCCUUACGCUGCACAUAUAAGGAAGACUUUAAGAAGAUUUUACUCCCUGCGGUGUACAUUGUCGUUUUUGUGCUCGCCAUUCCUCUCAACGCCGUCGUCAUACUGAAGAUAUGGAGGACAAGGCCCCACAUCUCCCGGAACAACAUCUACAUGCUCAACUUGGCCAUUGCUGACUUUCUGUAUGUGAUGUCCCUUCCUUUACUCAUCUACAACUAUGCCAGCCAUGACUACUGGCCCUUUGGGGAGUUUGCCUGUAAACUGGUCAGGUUUCAGUUCUACAGUAAUCUGCAUGGCAGCAUCCUCUUCCUCACCUGCAUCAGUGUGAAUCGCUACAUUGGGAUUUGCCACCCCUUCGCUGUGUGGCUGAAAGAAGGCGGCCGAAGGAUGGCGUGGGGAAUCUGCGCAGGGGUGUGGGUGGUGGUCCUCUUCCUUUGUGCACCAACUUUUAACUUUGCUGCGACAGGAAUCCAGCGCAACCGCACUGUGUGUUAUGAUCUGAGCACUCCGAAGCGCUCAGUGGAUUACUAUCCCUACGGCAUGGCUCUGACCUUCCUCGGCUUCGUGCUUCCUUUUCUAGGCGUGAUGGUCUGCUACUGCCGGAUGGCCCACAUCCUCUGCCGCCCCGUGUCCUACCACGGGGUCUCGGUAGCCACGGGGGAGAAGCGAGACAGGGCUGUGAGGAUGAUCCUUGUGGUGGCAGCCGUGUUCUGUGUAAGCUUUCUGCCCUUCCACCUUACUAAAACUAUGUACCUCGUGGUGCGUACUUUGCCCAAUGCCCCCUGUGAGAUGAGGAACUUGUUUGCAAUCAUCUAUAAGUGCACAAGGCCAUUUGCCAGCAUGAAUAGUUUCCUGGACCCUAUAUUGUUUUACUUCACCCAGCCACGAUACCGCAAGAGCACUAAGAGGUUUAUGCUCAGAGUGACCACCCUCCGGGACAAGGGAACCUCAGUGUGCACACAUCCCAUUUGACUACGUCUGUCAUUAGCUGUUCUUUCUCCAUUUUAACAGCCAUUAAGUAAGAAAGUCCUUGAAGACUGAAAUGAAUGGAAUCCAGUCUAAUUUUCAGCUACAACCAACAAGACUUGGGGUGUGUUUCUGAUUUUCAAAUGAAGAGGCUGUAACCUGUAACUGAUCAGCAUUAAACACAAAAGAAUAUGACUAAGUGGUUAUUUUGUCAUUGCACUUGCUGUAGUAAUACCGAUUGAAAUUUGAAAAGUCUUUUCUUGCAACUAAAAUCAUCUCUUUUUUUUUUUUUUAUAUGAAGAUCUUUACAUUUGUUCAGCACAAAAAUAUGUUGAAGCUGUAAAGCAUGUUGUUUCACGUUUUCACCACUGGAGGUCGUGUGUACUCCACUGCACCCAAACACUGGCUCUGCCUUGAACGUAAUCAAUAUGAUUUAUUCAGCAUGGAUCACAUUAUCUGCACUGAAGUUAAUUAUGAACCAAUUACAACCAAUGUCCAGGUCGUAGUGCACUAACUUUGGCAGUUUGGACAUUGUUUUAUUGAAAGUACAUUUUAAUGUUGGAGGUGACAUUAAUAUGUCACAUAUACUGUUAAUCUAGCAAAGAACUAUUUCAGAAGUAACAAAACGGCGAUUUAUGGGCCUAAAUGCAAGGCCUAAAGUAAGUCUAACCUUUCUGCUUCUAAGGAGUCGGUAAGAAAGACGUACCUCUGUACAAAUACAUGUUUACCCUCCAACUUAUCAACUUAAAGGAAGUAAGAUAUAGCUUUAAAAAUGCUUCUGUUAAAUAUGUUUUAUAGGAAGUAUUCUUUGUUUCCUCACUGAAUAAAAUUUCUAAAAUUACCUUGGAUUUUUAAAUGUUUCCAUAUGUGAAAUUGUCUUGGAAUUAAGUAUGAGAUCAUUUGAAGGAUUUUUUUCACAUCUUUACCAGGGGUGCCUUUCAGUGGCGAUGGUCCUAUAUUACUAAGAGUUCUUUACUAGAGGUAGUCGAGAGACAAAAUGCACUGCUUAGCAUUGCACUGUUUUAAUGGCUCUUACUGGAUACAGUCUAAAAUCUAAACUCCAUUUACAUAUUAAAUUGUUUUUAUGGUAAAUUUCCAUCAUACAUCAUAUUACAGUAAAUUUUUGCUUGUACUGUGUGAUUUUCAUUGUGAGCCUCUUUGUAUUUCUUUUAUCAUAUUAUGUGUUGUUUUUUUUUUACGCUGUUUUGUUUGAAAAUGCCAUUGUAACUGCAGAAACUGUGAAUCUGUGUGACUCAAUGAACAGUAGAAAAACAAUGUGAACAAUGCAUUUGCUGUACUUAUGUUUUGCCAGCUUUUUUUAUUAUUAUUAUUUUUGAAAAUUCUCUGUUUUAAGAAUCACAUUAACGGGGUAAUAAUGUGGUAAUACUUCAGCUCCAUUGUUUGCUUUCUGUAUUUAACUGAGAUAAUAAUAAAGCUCCAGCUGACAUAGUGUUUGAUAAAUAUGUGUUACACUGAAUGUGAAAUGUACGCAGUUCAUAUGCAUAAACAUUUAAGACACAAAUAUGAAGUGAUAUGCUUGAAGAUGUGCAUUUUGACAAAGUGUAUUUUUAGUUAUUAAAUUAUAUAACUUAAAAAGUGCCCCCUCACAUGCUCUAAAUAUGAGCCACCAUCACAUCAUGUGUUUGAUGUGAUGGUGGAAACUUAUUAAAUCUGUACAUUGCCAAUUUUAUUGUGGCUGUUCGUAGUGUUUUGAAAAGUGUAGAAGAUUUUCAUUUUAGAAAAACUGUAACGUGUCAAAAAAUGAUCGGUGUCAAAAAUGUCUCUGUGUUGUAAAUAUUUUAUUUUCUUAGACUCAUAGUUUUCUGUGAAAUUGUUUUCAAACAGUAUUGCCAUGAUUCGAAAUAACUUGUAACAGAAGCAGCUGAAAAAGCAAAUAAAAGCAGAUGCAAACUACCGUACAUAACUUCUUUGGACUAUA